AAUGAAAAGAUGCAGUUGCGCGGUACUGCCGAAUAUUGCAACUCCUAUUCUAGUGAACACUUCAGAAUAAAAUCGCUUGAAUUUACUCCUCGAUCGGUCAAGCGUUUCGUGCAGCGGAACGAAACAACCCCCAGCGCAGUCAAAGCGGUUAACCGGACAAUUGGCACAAUUGAAGGAGAAAAGCACGCAUUGGUCAACAGUGUGGCUGACGAUGGCGAUCUCAAAGAUGGCAGCAGCGGAAAUAGCACUACCAAAAGAUCAUUCGGUGUAAUGUUCCAGAAUAAUGGAGUGGAGGAGACAUCAUUAUUCCCACCGGUGAAACGUGCUUUUCGAGAGGAAUGCCGCGGACGACGCCUUUUCAGUCCUUUGAACUCGCAACCAGCCUUAAGUUUUAGUGCCCUUGAGAUAGCAGCGAGUUCAUCUUCGUCUCGCAGUUUAAGCGCCAUCCUGGAAGCAAGUGAAGAAGACACACUAGGUGGAAUAACAUCGUGCAAAUCACCUUUGGCCACGGCGGAUCUUAAUAUCAGACCUGUCGAAAGUGAUCACAAUGUCACAGAUAUUACUUCGACUCUAAGCUCCAACAUCCUACAUCCGUUGAUAUACUGCUCCUUGCCGAAUUUCGUGAUAGACGGUGAAGCACCGCAUUUAGUAAACGUUAUUGCUAGUGGUGGCAGCCUAGGAUCAUCGUUUGGUUGUGGUGUUGGUGCUGCCAGCAGUGACGGAACUUCAGGGCAAAAGAAGUACAAACUUAAAGAGAAUAUUGAUUGGUUGACAAAGAUUCGAAAGCAGAAAUUGCUACAAGCGGCAAAAAGCAUCACGAACGCUGAGAGGAAACCAUUAGUAGAAGAUGUGCCUGCAUUGUCACCUACGCAAGAGGCCAUGUCAUUACUCCUUUCGCCCCAACUUAAGCGGUUAAAGACGUGCGAUGAUAGGAAGAACAGCGUCAUUGAUAGUAUCUCAAAUGUGAAUGUUGACCACACAUCAAGUCCAGUACUAGUGGAAUCGGCUGCAUGUAGUAACAGCAGUCUUCCUACGACACCACUUAGAAGAACGGUAUCGCGAUCAGGCUCUGAUUGUGUGGUGCAGGUUGAUGUACACGGCAACCGCGUUGGAGGAGAACGUACCCCAAGGAGACGCCAUCAUUUAAUUACGCCAUGCAGUACGGCAGACGUGAUUGGUUUGCAGCAUCCUUCUUCCGGAUGCUCGUCCAUAAGGCGUUUUUUCGCGGUGGCCACUCCCAACAAUUGCUCAAAUGUUCUAACAACGCUAUAA